CGAAUAAAUACUCCGAAAUCUUCAUUACCAUUGUCUACCAAUCGGGCCCGGGCCCUAAUAAAAGCCGCAAAUAUUGUCUUUAGACCGAUCGGAGCCUCCAGACUUAAAUAUUAUAAAAUUAUAAUUAGCAAAUGUUUAUCCAUAAUUGACAGAAUGGAGCUCGGAUGAGAGGCCGUAUCGUCACGAGUCUAGCUGGAGCUCUUACCGCCGUCAUAUGAUUUCUCGAGCAUACUUAUAACCGAAUCCUCAAUAUUCGAUAUGUGCACAUAUCCGAAGAAAGUCCAUAGUGAAAAGUGAGACGUCGGUGGUGGUAUGUUGGCGACCAGAAGAAUCGUGAACCUGCCCACGGAUCAGGUUUACGAGUCCCAGUAUCUGCCAGUACAGACAGAUGACAAUUACGAGAAGACCUAUAUCAAGCAACUCAAAAAGUUUGCAAAAUAUGAAAUAAAACAAGCGAAACAGGAACAAAAAAUCGAGGGAAAAUCCAGGAGAAAGGAACUCAAUCUUUACCAAGGAAAAUGGUUGAGAAGAUUGUCUUUCAUGUGGAAGCAUACAGUUGGUCGAUUAGGUGAAGACUGGGUAUUUUUGGCCUUCCUGGGAUUCAUCAUGGCCCUCAUCAGUUAUGGGAUAGAUAAACUAGUACUCUUAUUCUCCAGUUCGAGGAUGUACCUUUACAAAUUGGGCUACAACAUGAGUUCAAGAUAUUUCGGUUGGAUAUUACUGCCAUUCUGUUUGAUAAUGUUCAACGUUGGUUUCGUUUAUAUGGUAGGACCCCAAAGUGCAGGUUCCGGUCUCCCUGAGCUCAAAACGAUUUUGAGAGGAGUCGUACUGAAGGAGUACCUCACAUUCCGAGUGCUAAUUGCUAAAAUCUUUGGCAUAGCUUGCACCAUAGGCUCUGGGAUGCCUCUGGGGAAAGAAGGACCUUUAGUGCACAUGUCGAGCAUAGUAACCACCCUGUACGCCAAUUUCCUCUCGAAAAUGAAGCAUUUCAAGGGGGAAGAGAUCAGGAAGACUGAAAUGCUAGCUGCAGCUUGUGCCGUUGGUGUAGCCACAACAUUUGCAGCACCCAUAGGAGGUGUCCUCUUCAGUAUCGAAGUGACAACCUCUUAUUUUGCCGUGAGGAAUUACUUCAGGGGUUUUUUCGCCGCUGUGUGCGGCGCCAUCACCUACAGGCUUCUGGCAGUUUGGAUAGACGGCAUGAAGACCUACACGCCUGUGUUCAAGACCAACUUCCUGGUCGAGUUACCGUUUGAUCCGCAAGAACUCAUCGCUUUUGCCCUCAUAGGAGUGGUCUCUGGUUUUGGCGGCGCCCUGUAUUGUUGGUGUCAUAGAAACUACGUCCUGUUCACCAAGAGGAAUAAAUUCUUGAUAUGGCUCAAUAGCUUCUGUCGUUUCUUAUAUCCAGGUUUCGUGGUUUUAACAGUAUCGUCCAUAACUUUUCCACCAGGUAUCGGAAGAUACCUGGCCGGUCAUCUACCACCGAAGGGUCACGUGGACAAUUUAUUCGCAAAUUUCACUUGGAUGGCGGGAAACUUGAGCGAUUCUCAGGAAAUGAUACUAAACAAUUGGAGGACUGACAGAACUGGACCCUACCUACACCUCCUUAGCUUCAUGGGAUACAUGUUCCUGAUGUCGAUCUUUGCUUCGACCAUGCCUGUGCCAAAUGGAACAUUCAUCCCAACCUUCAGAUUCGGAGCAGCAUUUGGAAGAAUAAUUGGGGAAAUCAUGGCUAGAUGGUACCCAGAUGGUUUCUUUUAUGGCGGACGAAACGUUCACGUUAUACCGGGUGGAUACGCAACAGUUGGAGCAGCAGCGUUCACAGGAGCCGUCACCCAAACAGUGUCAGUGGCUGUCAUCGUGUUCGAGAUGACAGGCCAAAUAUGCCACGCCAUACCGAUCUUGAUAGCCGUUCUCAUCGCAGUGGGCAUAUCCACCAAGCUGGGGCCAAGCUGUUACAACAACGUCAUCAUAAUCAAGAAGCUGCCGUACCUGCCAGACCUUCUACCCAGCGUAUCAAAGAUGUACACCGUCUGUGUGGAAGAUUUCAUGGUGACAGACGUCAAGUACGUGCAUUUCGAAAUGACCUACGCCGAACUAGAGGGCGUUCUCAAGGACAACCCCAAGCUGAAGACGUUUCCCAUCGUGGAAAACGCCGAUAACAUGGUCCUCCUCGGCUCCACCAAGAGGAACGAGCUGAUCAAGUUGCUGGAGGAGCAGACUGGCAGGAAGAAGAGACUGGAACACAUAUUCCAGAAGGUCUUCCAAGAAUCGCAAGAAAGUGUCGCGCCCGAAGACAAAGGUUCAGAUGCCACGGUGGAAUUGAACAACAGGUUGUCUGUUUACGACAACCAACUUCUCAGGCAUUCGGUGUCGACACCGGGUAUUUUCGAAGGUGAAAGCUACCUUACUGUGGAUGGUACCAUGGUCGAAGAAGAUGAGCGUUUAGAAAAACGCAAGGAGAAGGCUUUCAGAUCCAUAUUCAGGAGGGUGCCAAAAAACCAAGGGAGCUUCAGAUCUUUGCUUGGUAGCUCAAGAGGAUCUAGUAUUAUACCCGCCAAAGGAAAAACUGUGAUGCUUCGACAUCCCAUCAAAGACAUGUCCAAGACGGAACGCAAAAAAUGGGAACUGAUACAAAUGGCAUGCUUGGUGGACUUCUCGAACUGUUUCCUAGACCCAGCGCCGUUUCAGCUUGUCGAAAGAACUUCCCUACUCAAAGUUCACUCGUUGUUCUCCCUGAUGGGUUUGAACCAAGCCUACGUAACGGCCAUCGGAAGGCUGGUUGGAGUUGUAGGACUCAAAGAAUUACGUAAAGCAAUCGAAGAUGCAAACAGCGGUAUCCUAAGACCCAGCGAGAUGUUAAUGCAUAGUUCGUAUCUAGGGAUGAAAGAUUCCAGCUUCCAAGCUUAUGUAUAAUCAGUAUUCGAAAUGGUAUGAAAAAUUUACCAUCAACAUGUAUUGAUCUUAAGGAUAAUUAUAUUAUUUUUGUAUCAAAGUUUU